CUCUUAGACACAGCUGUAUGGUUGUUGGCUUGUUGCUCCCCAUUUAUUUGCUAUCCAUUUUUAUGUACUAAUCUUAAAUACUCCAAUACCACUUACUCCAUUAACACCUCCAUCACUUCUUUUUUUUUGGAAUUUGGUAAGCUUUGUGCUUGUGGUUUUUCCUACUAAAUAUCCUUAUGACAACUACAUUUCUGUAGAAAAAAUCCAAACUUGUGAAUAUGGGGUUCAUUCAAGAUUGUUGUAAUCUCUUUCCUGUCCUGCUAUAACAAAAAAAAUAAUCAAGAAUGUAAAGGGGAUGGGAAUUUUUUUUUUCUUUCAAAAUUGCACUUCAUUAAGAGAAAUUUCCUACCCCCUUUUCAGAUCUGAUGUUUCUUGUUGCAUUUCUCCAUUUUAUCCUUCUUCUACCAACAACAUAUGCAGAAUUUUCAGCAAGGCUGCUUGAUUCAGUUCUUCAAGAUUAUGGUUUUAGGGCAUUUGUUAGGCCAAGAACUGGGAUUCCUUAUGAUGGAAAUGUGCCUUUUAAUUACACUGGAAUCAAAGUUUCUGCACUGAGGCUAAGAAGUGGGAGUAUGAGGAGAAGGGGUGUUAGCAGAUAUAAAGAAUUUCAUAUCCCAAUUGGUGUUUUGGAGCAACCUUAUGUAGAGAGGCUUGUUUUGGUGUAUCACAAUUUAGCUAAUUGGUCCAAUUUGUAUUACCCUUUACCAGGUCACAUUCAUUUAACACCAGUUUUGGGUGUUUUAUCUUAUGAUGCUUCCAAUUUAUCGGCUAUUAAUUUGCCUGAGUUGGAUAUCAGAGCCUCAAAGAAUCCCAUUUUGGUCAAUUUUUCUAAUGUAGUAAAGCCAGUGCCUAUGGGGUUGACACCUAAGUGUGUCUACUUUAACUUGGAUGGUGCAGUGGAAUUUGACAAUAUAUUGAAUGGGAAUGUGUGUAAGACUACCAAACAAGGACAUUUCUCUAUAGUGGUUGAGUUCACUACUGCUGCUGAGCCAGAACCUGAACCUGCCAGUCGAGGUGGCACAGAUAGUCAUAAAAGUGGUGGUAGGAAAAAUUGGGUAAUAUUUGGAUCAGUUGUUGGUGGAUUUGUGGCAUUGGUUUUCUUGGUAUUAUUGAUUGCUUGUCUAAACAAGUAUGAUAAGAAGAAAAAGAUUGACAGAAUGGAAGAAGCAGCAGAAAGAGGUGUACCAUUGCUUAUGACAAAAGUUGGGAACACAAAGGCACCAGUAGCUUCAGAGACUCGUACAAGACCCUCAUUAGAGAACGAAUAUCUCCCAUAGAUUUGAUUGUUUUUUUUAGUAUUCAUCUGGUAAUCCAAUGAUUUUUUGCAACAUUUCAUUCAAUUAUUUCCCUUCCAUUCUGUUGUACAUUCUAUGUACUUUGUGUUAUCAUCUUGAUGAAUAUCAGUUGAGACGUUUGCUAUCACACAA